CUCUUGUCAUUUUCUUUACAACAAUCAAAAUUAAAAGCUACAAAUAUGUCUAAAAGAGAAGGAGACGAUGAUUUACACCUUGAAGGUGAAAAGAAACAAAAGUUAGAUCACUCUCAUAAGAAGGAAGAGAUUGCAAUUGAUUCGGAAUUACUCGGGCAACAAUCAUCUUACACUAAUGAAGACAGUUCUGACCCUGCAAAUGCUGCAGCUGCAGCUUUAAGCACCCAGCAACAACAGUCGGUACAACAACAGCAACAACACCACCAGGCUGAAGCACAAGCUCAGCAACAACAAGCUGCUCAACAAGCUGCUCAACAACAGGCCGUUCAACAAGCUCAACAACAAGCGCAACAACAUCAACAACAUGCUCAACAACAACAACAGCAGCAACAGCAACAACAACAACAUCACCUUGCUUACCAAACAAACCUCAGACAACUGCCAAAUCAAUCAGUUCAAAGAUCUCCACAACCAGGACUUCCAACUACUAUCCAACCAACCACCCUCCCACACUCGUCUAAUGCCAACAAACCACAACAUGGUUCCGAUGAAUGGCAUAAACUUCGUAGAGAAAACCAUAAGGAAGUUGAACGCAGAAGACGUGAGGCAAUCAACCAAGGAAUCAAAGAAUUGGCAGUUUUGAUUCCAACCCCUGAUCCAAAUAAGGCUCAAAUUUUACAAAGAGCUGUUGAAUUUAUUAAAAGACUUAAAGAAAAUGAGAGUAACAAUAUUGAAAAAUGGACUCUUGAAAAAUUACUUACAGACCAAGCAGUUGCAGAAUUAAGUGCAUCAAAUGAAAAAUUGAAGCAAGAAUUAGAAAGAGCUUAUCGUGAAAUUGAACAAUGGAAGAAACUUGUAACUUCCAAGGAUGAGAAGAAAUAAAUUUUAGGGAAUGGAACCUAAAAAAUCGUUAUAAUAGUUUGUAUUUUUAUUAUUUUGUCAGUAUUGACUUUAUGAAUGUAUAUUAUAAAAGAAUAGAAAAAGA